GAGAGAGAGAGACAGAGAGACAGAGAAAGACAGAGAGACGCUCACACUGAUAGAGACACACGCUGUGAAAGAGGCAGAAGCAACAGCUACAGCAACAGAGCCAACAUGCUCUCUCUCUCAUACACACACAAACACACACAUAGAGAACCAGACCCAUGCCAGGGGAGACGGUGAGCACACACCCACACUGAGGAGCACCUUCUCUGGGGAGUAGAUCUCACAGACCCCCCUCCACCUGCUUCUCUGGGACUUAUUUUUGAAUAACAAGGAGCUGAGAAAAAGGUGUUUGUCUGUUUGUUUGCAAAAUACACAAACCGGGAAGAGAGACAGAAGGAGAGAGCAAAGAAAAGAGGGAUGAGUGGCGUGUUUGGCACAGCUGCUGAUGCCAGGGGCUGAGGGAGAGAGGGAGGCUGACGAAGAGAGAGAGGAGGGAUCUGAAGACCUGAGGAUUGGAGGAGAGGAAGACUGGCACAUGAAGAGCUGAUCAAACUUAUGGACAGAGAGGAGAUAGGGACACAGUACCGGGAAACACACACACACGGACACAGACACACACACACACACAACAAUGACGAGGGAACAAAGUCCACGCUUCAGUCUUGGGUGUGUAGUACACUGACCCUGCCUGUGAUAGGCUAGGAGUCAGAUCAUGACCAGCAGGGCCAUGAUUGGCUCCCUGGGCCCCAGUGUGUGGUCCCUGACGCCAUGGCGGUGGGUGAGUCUCUGGGGGCCGGCCCUGCUGCUGGUUACCAUUAUAUCCCUGCUGCCAGGUAGUUGCCAGGCGUGCCCCCCGCGGUGCGAGUGCUCGGCCCAGAUCCGGUCAGUCUCGUGCCAACGGCGGCGCCUCACCGGCAUCCCAGAGGGCAUCCCGACAGAAACCCGCCUCCUGGACCUCAGCCGGAACCGGCUCCGCUGGGUGGAAAUGGGUGACCUGGCACCAUACCCGCACCUUGAAGAAGUGGACUUGAGUGAGAAUCUCAUUGCCACGCUGGAGCCCAAUGCGUUCUCCAAUCUGCAGAGCCUGCGGGUCUUACAGUUGAGGGGGAACCAGCUGAAGCUGGUACCCAUGGGGGCCUUCGCCAAGCUGGGAAACCUGACCACGCUGGAUCUGAGUGAGAACAAGAUGGUGAUUCUGUUGGACUACACCUUCCAGGACCUGAGGAGUCUGAGACACCUGGAGGUGGGAGACAACGACCUGGUCUACAUUUCUCAUAAGGCCUUUUCUGGUCUUGUGGGGCUGGAGGACCUGACCAUCGAGCACUGCAACCUGACGUCCAUCUCUGGCCAGACACUGUCCUACCUACGCAGCCUGGUCACUCUGCGAUUAAGGCACCUCAGCAUUGCCGCCCUAGAAGACCAUAACUUCCGCAAGCUUAACAACCUGCGAGGGCUGGAGAUCGAUAACUGGCCCUAUCUGGAGUACAUCUCCCCGCUCAGCUUCCAGGGUCUGGACCUGUCCUGGUUGUCCAUCACUAACAGCAACAUCACCUCCGUCCCCUCGUCCUCCUUCAGGAACCUGAUCCACCUCACUCACCUCAACCUGUCUUUCAACCCUAUCACCACUCUGGAGCCCUGGGCUUUCAGGGAGCUGCUGAGGCUCAAGGAGCUGAUCAUGGUGAACACGGGCCUAGCUACGGUGGAGCCCCACUCACUGGGCGGCCUCAGACAGAUCCGGGUCCUCAACUUCUCCUCCAACGAACUCCAGACCCUGGAGGAGGGAUCGUUCCACUCUGUAAACAGCCUGGAGACGCUGCGGGUGGACGGGAACCCGCUGCUGUGUGACUGCCGUCUGUUGUGGAUCCUGCAGAGACGCAAGACCCUCAACUUUGACGGCAGGGUGCCCGUGUGCGCUGGGCCGGAGGAGGUGCAGGGGUAUAGCCUUAGCACCUUCACCGACUCAGCGCUCUUCGAUCACUUCACAUGCCAGAAGCCCAAGAUACGCAACCGCAAGCUUCAACAGGUGACGGCUCGUGAGGGCCAGCCAGUGAGUUUCCUCUGCAGUGCCGUGGGAGAGCCCGCCCCCAACAUCAUGUGGAUCUCCCCUCAGCGCCGAAUAAUCACAGCCAAGAGCAAUGGCCGCAUCACUGUCCUCCCAGGAGGGACGCUAGAGAUCCGCUAUGCCCAGGUCACCGACAGUGGCACCUACAUGUGCAUCGCCAGCAACGCCGGCGGCAACGACACCUACUUUGCCAUGCUCACCGUCCGGGGCGUGCCGCUGGAUGCCGCGUCGGCUUUCUUCGCAAACCGCUCGCUGUACGGUGGCGAGUUCUUCAACGACACAAACCUGAACAGCACACGUGUCUUCCUCAAGUUCACCCUGGACCUGACCACCAUCCUUGUCUCCACGGCUAUGGGCUGCAUCACCUUCCUAGGCGUGGUGCUCUUCUGUUUCCUGUUGUUGUUCGCAUGGAGCAGGGGGCGGGGCCAGCGCAAGAAUAAUUUCACAGUGGAGACCCCUUUCCGGAAGGCCGAGGGGCCUGCGGCCACGGGUAGUGCCGGAGGAGCCCGGAAAUUCAACAUGAAGAUGAUAUGAAACAACGCAGCCAAGGGCCAGACGGGGAAGGCAUAAGCAUGUCCCGGAAACGUGUUUGACAAAACACACAGCCCUGACUCGCAAAGAUUUUUUUUUUAAUGAAAUUAAAUCCAGACAGUAUUCACACAUGGCAUGGCCAGAUUCGAUUUGAUGAUGACCUUGAUCUCACCAGCCCUUACUGGUUUUAUUCAGCUUGUGGUACAAAUAUGUAUUUAAAAUAAUUAUAAGAUCUUUCCAGUGAGUAAAUAUAACAUUGUCAUUGAGCUUGAUAAGAAUUAUAUAAGUUAAGAAUUUAGUGUGAUCUUUUACUGGGUGAUUACUGUGUUGUGAAAUGCUUGUAGUUAUGUCUCUCUCACAGGAAGUGACGUCACAGGAAGGGAAAAGGUCUUCCUUGAAGCUGUGUACUUGUAGUGGUCAUUGCACAGAGGGCAUGGAGAGACACGGUCAUCAACUUAUCACCGUAUUUGUAGUCUUGCUUUCUUAAAUUCUGCCUUUUUGAGAAAUAUUGCAAUAGCAUGUACAUAUUGCAAUUUAAAGUAAGUUGUAUAGUAAUAAGAUUAUAGUAUUGAAUAAAAACAAGCCAUUUUUGUAAGACAUUUGGGAUAUGAUUUCCAUUGUCACAUUUAUAAGACAGCAUCAAGGCCACAGCUGAACUGAGGGAGGAUGUGCUGAGACAAGGACUCCAGAAAGACAUUGAAUCCAAGUGAAAUGAAUACAGAAAAUUACUUCAAUCAUUUGACCCUUUCAAAUUCAUGACAAAAAAGAUCAGAAGAAACAUUAAAAAAAACAUGAAAAGAAAGUAUAUUCUGACCAUAUAUUCUAAAUUGGGCCCACUUUACUUUCAGACGUGACCGUUUGCACAGGUUAGCUGUGUGAGUUGGAACAAAGCCACUGGCUGACGGUUGCCCUGACCCCCCCGACGCCCCAAGGGUUUGGUUGGGAAGCUUAACCCAUUGGGCACGGGCCGCACGGUAAUCAUGAUAACCAAUACACAGCCCAGUGCAGCAGAGAGUAGUGGGGUCAGUGGGACAAGGGGAGAGGGAUUAUGUUUAUGCCUCCUCUUUCUAACCUUUGAAUAAUACUACUACCAUACCACUGCGGGAUGUGGGGAGCGGGAGGUAGAGAAGGGAGUGUAUAUGCCCCCUAUCUCUAACCUCCCUUAUUAACCCUGCUCCCGUCCGACUGAACUUGGCUGUGCUGGGACAGAACUGACCUCCACACAGCUGGCAAGGGUGCAGCAUGGAAGUCACGACACACUCAGAGUCACAGGCAGUGCAGAACACAUACUCACUUGUACACAUGCAUACAUGCACACAAGUGCACAGAACCUUUUCUCAAGACAAACACAAAGUCAUAUAGAGGGCAAAUACACACACACACACACAUAUAUACAGUUGAAGUCGGAAGUUACCAUACACUUAGGUUGGAGUCAUUAAAACGUGUUUUUCAACCACUCCACAAAUGUCUUGUUAACAAACUAUAGUUUUGGCAUGUCAGUUAGGACAUCUAUUUUGUGCAUGACAAGUAAUUUUUCCAACAAUUGUUUACAGACAGAUUAUUUCACGUAUAACUCACUGUAUCACAAUUCCAGUGGGUCAGAAGUUUACAUACACUAAGUUGGCUGUGCCUUUAAACAGUUUGGAAAAUUCCAGAAAAUGAAGUCAUUUAGAUGCUUUUGAUAGGUUAAUUAUCAUAAUUUGAGUCAAUUGGAGGUGUACAUGUGGAUGUAUUUCAAGGCCUACCUUCAAAAUCAAUGCCUCUUUGCUUGACAUCAUGGGAAAAUCAAAAUAAAUUAGCCAAGACCUCAGAAAAAAAGUGUAGAUCUCCACAAGUCUGGUUUAUACUUGGGAGCAAUUUCCAAACGCUUGAAGGUACCGCGUUCAUCUGCAGCCAUCUUACCACUCAGGAAGGAGAUGCGUUCUAUCUUCUAGAGAUGAACGUACUUGUCACGUUCUGACCUUAGUUCCUUUGUUUUGUCUUUGUUUUAGUAUGGUCAGGGCGUGAGUUGGGGUGGGCAGUCUAUGUUUGUUUUUCUAGGUUGUUAUAUUUCUAUGUGUUGGGCCUAGUAUGGUUCUCAAUCAGAGGCAGGUGUAGUUUGUUGUCUCUGAUUGAGAAUCAUACUUAGGUAGCCUGUUUUCCCCAUUUUGGUUGUGGGUGUUUAUUUUCUGUUCUGUGUUUUGUUGCACUGUUCAGGACUGUUCGUUUGUGGUGUAUUGUUUUGUUUCAGUGUUCAUUAAAACCGUUUUAAUAUGAACAUUUACCACGCUGCACCUUGGUCCUCCUCUCAUUCCCCAGACGACAAGCGUUACAGUACUUUGGUGCGAAAAGUGCAAAUCAAUCCCAGAACAACAGCAAAAGACAUUGUGAAGAUGCUGGAGGAAACAGGUACAAAAGUAUCUAUAUCCACAGUAAAUCGACAUAACCUGAAAGGCCGCUCAGAAAUCACUGCUCCAAAACCGCCACAAAAAAAUCCAGACUACGGUUUGCAACUGCACAUUGGGACAAAGAUUGCACUUUUUGGAGAAAUGUCCUCUGGUCUGAUGAAACAAAAAUAGAACUGAUUGGCCAUAAUGACCAUCGUUAUGUUUGGAGGAAAAGGGGAACACCACCCCGAAGAACACCACCCCAACUGGGAAGCAAUGGGGUGGCAGCAUCAUGUUGUGGGGGUGCUUUACUGCAGGAGGAACUGAUGCACUUCACAAAAUAGAUGGCAUCGUGAGGAAAGGAACAUUUUGUGGAUACAUUGAAGCAACAUCUCAAGACAUCAGUCAGGAAGUUAAGGCUUGGUCGCAAAUGGGUCUUCCAAAUGGACAAUGACCCCAAGCAUACUUCAAGAUGUGGCAAAAUGGCUUAAGGACAACAAAGUCAAGGCGUUGGAGUGGCCAUCAAAAAGACCUGACCUCAAUCCUAUAGAAAAUGUGUGGGCAGAACUGAAAAAGAGUGUUCGAGCAAGGAGGCCUACAAACCUGACUCAGUUACACCAGCUCUGUCAGGAGGAAUUUGACAAAAUAUACCCAACUUAUGGUGGGAGGCUUGUGGAAGGCUACCCAAAACAUUUGACCCAAGUUAAACAAUUGAAUGGCAAUGCUACCAAAUACUAAUUGAGUGUAUGUAAACUUCUGACUUCUGGGAAUGUGAUGGAAGAAAGAAAAGCUGAAAUAAAUCAUUCUCUCUACUAUUAUCCUGACAUUUCACAUUCUUGAAAUAAAGUGGUGAUCUUAACUGACCUAAACAGGAACUUUUAUUAGGAUUAAAUGUCAGGAAUUGUGAAAAUCUGAGUUUAAAUGUAUUUGGCUAAGGUGUAUGUAAACU